UUUGGUAGCGCUAGUUCAUUGAACGGACAAUAAAAUUUUACUCUAAACUGCUCUGAACGAAGUCAAUCGCGGAGCCGCGACCAGCCCAGACCAUCCGCGACCGCCGUUUGCGCACAAUCGAUAACAGUUCGUUUCUGUUAAAUGGUUAAUGGCAGAAACGGCGAUUAAUACGAUGUUGCAGAGCAAUCGGCUUCAAACGAAAAAGAAAGAGGACGCAGAGAAUGAAGACAACUUGUGGUCCUCUAUCUUGGCUGAAGUACAAAAUAGUGGCAGCAACAAGUUACCAUCAAAUAAGAAUAUUCUUGUCUUAGGUGAUAAUGAAAGUGGAAAGACAACACUUAUUGCCAAAUUACAAGGUGUAGAGGAUCCGAAGAAAGGUUCUGGUUUAGAAUUUGCAUAUAUUGAUGUGAGAGAUGAUUAUAGAGAUGACCAAACUAGAUUAUCUGUAUGGGUGUUGGAUGGGGAUCCUGGUCAUGCAAAUCUUUUGAGAUUUGCAUUGAAUGGAGAAAGAUUUCCACAUACACUUGUUAUGUUGGUAGCUGCAAUGACAACUCCAUGGGAUAUUCUUGAUCAACUUCAAUCUUGGGCUGCACUUUUAGGAGAUCAUAUCGAUAAAUUACCAUUAGAUAAUGAUACUAGGCAACGAUGUAGACAGCUAAAUAUAAAAAAAUGGCAGGAUUACACAGAGCCUGGAGACGAAUUAGAUCCUGGCAGUCCCUUAAGACGCACUAGUCGUAAUCUUGAUGAUGAAACAAUUGAUAAUUUACCAUUACCGGAAGGAGUACUUACAACAAAUUUAGGUCUAGAUGUUGUUGUUGUUAUUACGAAAACCGAUUACAUGUCCAUUCUUGAAAAAGAACACGACUACAAAGAUGAACAUUUUGAUUUUAUGCAGCAGUGGAUAAGGAGAUUCUGCUUGCAAUAUGGUGCAGGAUUAUUCUAUACGUCGGCUAAGGAAGAUAAAAACUGUGACCUGCUUUAUAAAUACCUUACACAUAGAAUUUAUUCACUACCAUUUAGAACACCUGCUUUAGUUGUUGAAAAAGAUGCAGUACUUAUUCCUGCUGGUUGGGAUAAUAUGAAAAAGAUUAGUAUUCUUCAUGAAAAUUUGCAGUCAAUGAAACCUGAUGAUUAUUAUCGAGACGUUAUUGCACAGCCACCAACUAAUAGAAAAUGCGUGGCCAGGGAAGUGGAAGUACAGGCAGAAGACGAACAAGCUUUUUUAGCAAAACAACAAGCUGCAUUAUUUGGCCUAAAAGAUCCAACACGUUCUCCAACACUUAGGAACCAGGCAAGCACUGGACCAGUCAUUCAGGUGGCUUCGCCAAAUAAGAAAUUGGAUCCCAAAGUUGCCGGAACUGCGCAAUCUGGAGAAGGCAUUUUAGCUAGUUUUUUCAAUUCCCUUCUUCACAAGAAGACUGGAUCCCCUGGAUCACCAGGUAGUGUAGGCACGAGUCCAAUCAAAAUUGAUUCGCCACCGGUAGAAAAACCGGCCAUUUGUAACGAUGCAGCGGUGGAAUUAGACCGUUUAACUAGAACAAAGAAACAUUCUCCUCCUAAUUUGGAUUCAUCAUCUGAAUGUUGAAGGAAAUAGAUUUUCUUUGCGACCCAUUUAUUGAAUUAUUAGCCAUUUAUAUGAGUAUUUGAGUAAAAUCUUGAAGGCAAUUGAGCAGAUACAGAAUGUGGUAUAUGAUUAUUUAUCACAUUUCUUGUAUUUUUAACCGACUUCAAAAAAGGAGGAGGUUAUAAAUGGCUGCAUUAAUGAUAAUGGGUAUUGUCGUUUGUAUUCGUCAAACGCACUUGAUGCAUAUAGAAAUUCGUAGCUGUUUAUUUAUAACAAUGUGCCACAUAUUGUGGUUUAACGAACAGUUUCAUUAUUUAUUAAUUUAAUACAUUUCAUAUGAAAGUAGUCAUUGUUAACAAUAAUUUUUAUAAAAAGUAAAUUUUUAAUGAAUAGUUGAAAAAUACGUUGUGCAGAGCACAAAAGCAUAAUUGAAUUCAUUAAAGAAAAAUACAGCUUGAUAUUAGAACUUUAUUAAUUUGUUGUAGCAUAUUUUACUAGUUUAUAAUUUGAAGCACAAUUACAUUAUAUGGAAGUCAAUAAAAUAAUUGUUUCUUCUUGAGUAAGAUAAUAAUUUCUUUACGAUAUUUAUAUUGCAUGUCUUUUAUUUAUAGGUAUUUGCACACUUGUAACGACUUUUGGGUAUUGGGACCGUUGUAGUAAAACUAACUGUCCAGAAUUACUUCAACAAUAUUUUUAGUGUAACCUUUCUUAAACAACUAAAUUUAAUGUGAAUUCAAAGUGGGUCGCAAAGGAUUAGAAUUUGUUUGAUCAAAGAGAGCCUAAUUCAAUAAAGAAAUAAAUAUAAAAACAAAGGAGAAGUACAUAUUGAGUCAUACAACGUACGAACAGCCUUAUUUGUUGUUUGACUAAAUGCAAAUAUUGAUACAAAUAAUAAUUAGAGAGUUAUUAAACUAAUGUAAUUAAAUAUUUAACAUAGUCACACAAUCAAAUCAUGCUUACGCACAUGUCCUUAUACCUUGUUGUAAUGAAUUAUUUAAUGAUCACUUACCGAGGGUGAGUCUUAAUACUCUUAAAACAGCUGAUACUUUUAUUUUCCUUUAGGAAAACAAUACCUUUAUUUAUGUAACAUUACUUUUGUUCAUGUAACUUGCUAAAUAUUCUCUUGUAUUUGAUCUAACUUAUGAAGUGCCGUUAUUACCUUAAAUGAAUAAUAUAUGAAUAUACAUGUGGUAGAAUUUUAUACGAGUUGACGUUACAUUUAUGCGUAGUUUCUUUGUGAAAGACUCAAAAUUGUGUUUGACAUCACAAAUAUAGUGUGAUAUGAAAUUGAAGUGCAUGCUUAUGAUGGUUGAGUGAAAGUAACAUGUUGUAACUUCUUUAUCAAUUUUUAAAAGAAUUUAUGUAAAGGAAACGAAUCUGUAAAUUCAGUUACGAUAAAUAUGUCGCUUUCUGUAUAUGAAGUAACUCAAAUUCUUAAUAAAAAAUAAAUAA